CUCAGCCUCCCGCCCUUCAGCGGCGGGUUGUGUUCCCUCAGGGGAGUGUUAAUUAGCGAGCGGCUGUAAGGGGCUGUAACUGUAGGAGUGCGAGCAAUUGUUGCCGGUUUUCUUUAGUGCUGCUCGAUAUUGCUGCUAGGUGGAAUUCCUGCCCUCGCCACAGCCCCCAGCUCCAGGCCCUGCUGCCUGCCUGUGCCUCCCCACCCUGCACGAAGGGCCCUGCGCUGCCUGCUGCAGGCAGCAGGUCCGGGUGUGAAACCUCAACCUUCUGGACAGAAUUUAAACACCUCAGCUAGCAGGCCGAGGGAUGGAAGGACAUCGCUCUGAGGGUUACUGCCAGCCCUGGUGGCUCUGACAGCACUGACAUUUACACAGGGAAAGAGUAAGCACCAGGAGGAGGUAGCUUAAUGCAGCCGAGAUGUCAGCAGAAUUCUGCUGCUAAACUCCACGUUUGCAAAGCUUUGUCCUUUGCAGCUAUUUACCCAUGUUUUUAAUCAUCUUAAAAAAAAAUGCUUCUAAUUUUCAUCCCACGUGGUUAUGCUAAAGAACUUGAUGCCAUUUGAGCAGGACUAUUAAAGCUCUGGUGAAACAUUAGCCAUGCAACAGAUAUAGGAUUACUUUCUGCAGAAACAAGCACCACCGCAUGACAGGGUAUUGAAGCUAUUGUUUGCAACCAUUUGAGGAUGCUUUCGCAGCAAAACAUCUUUUUGGACUUGAUUUUUAACUGUACAGUUUAAUUUAUGGAGCUUUGAAAUACAAUGAGCUGUAUUUUGAAAUACUUGCUAUUCGUUCAUGGAUUUCAGAGCGACAGGAAAAAUGGGAAAUGUGCCUAAUUACUGAAGAGAGGCCUUGGAGAUGAUUCCUUGAAACCACUAGGAUGCCCGGGUGUUUUAAAAAGACUUUGUUUGCCUUGGCUUCUACAAUAAGUUUUGCGUCUUUUAUCUUAAUUGCCGUCGCAAUGGGGACCCAAAAGUGGAUGACUGGAAAGAUGCUUUGCAAAACAGGAGCUGAUUUAGUCAACGCCACAGAUCCAGAGCUGGUCAAGUUCAUGGGAGAAAUUUACUAUGGCCUUUUUAGGGGCGGCAAGAUACGCCAGUGCGGGCUGGGAGGGCGUCAUUCCAAAUUCACAAUUUUCCCACAUAUGGUGAAAAAGCUGAAUACAGGCCUGCAUGUGAUGAUUAUAAUGUUCCUCUGUGUGGCCAUGGGCUUUUCUCUGGUCAGUUUUGGAUUCUGCAUUCUUAACGCAACAAAAGUUCCUUACCGGGCUAUUAAGGGUCCAGCAGGACUAUGCCUUUGGAAUUUACUUGCAGGUGGAUUUAUAGCACUUGCAGUCACCGGCUUUAUGGCUGCUGUAAAACUUCAUCACCUCACAGAAAGAAUUGCCAAUUUUCGGGAAAACGUCUUUCAAUUUGUUAUCUUAGAAGAAAGGUUUGAAGACUGUUUUUGGCUUUGUGUGGCAAGUGCCACAGCACAUGCAGUGAACUUGCUGCUAAUAGCCAUUAGUGGUAUUCAUUUCCCUAAAAUUAAGACUAAGACAGAAGAAGCAAAUGUUACAGCAGAAGAUAUCAUGUACUAAUAAAUCUACAUAAGACUACUUUGGUGAAGUGAACUAUCAUGACAGAAACAGCUUCUUGACUCGUCAGCUUUUGUUUUGGACGGAGAAUUUUGGUAUAGACAUGAGUAAAGAUGCCAAUUGUAAAAAUCUGCAGUACUUUUUUUAAGGUCAGUCUACAAAACCAGCAAUUAGCAUGUGUGGGAAAGCAGGAAAAACAAAUGCUACAAAUAUUAUUCUCAAAACUGACCUAUAGAGUUCACAGUUUUUAUGAAAUCUAUAUUUGGGCUAUUUUAGAAUACAGUUGAUAAUACAAUUUCACCUAAACCAAGUAUCAUUUUGUUUAGAAAAAAAAUAUGUUUGUAAAAAAUCUUUCAUAAUAUAGGUUUAUGUCAAAACAGAAAGGAUGGAUGUUUGCCAAUUACCUUCUCAGAAUUAUCUGGACAUUUUUGAGAGGGUCAUAUAAGACAUGUUCAAUAAUAUUAAACUGCAUUGAAAAAGAAGAUUUCUUUAUCUCUAGGGCUAAAUUUAAGAGAAAGCACAGGCUAAUUAUGUGUGAUGAAGUUUUAAAACAGAAAUUAUCAAAUCCCAUGAACUAAAGAAGUGAGAAGAGUGAAGUUUAUGGGACUCAAAUAAUUAGUUUUAGCACUGAAAUGUGCAGAACGCUCAGUAAAGAAAGUUACUAGAACAAUUCAACAUUUUUGCUAUCUAGGCAACUGAUGUAGAUGUUUGAAUAAGGACAUGAUUUAGCUUAAGCCUAUGAGCUUAACAUUUGACCCAGAUAUUUAUUUUCCUUCCUCUUUUUACUUUGUUUACAUCUAAAGACCAAUGAAAGUAGAUGUCUUAUGGGGUAAAUUCUGCUUUCAUUUGGUAUUUUCAUAAAAUAUGUUUUGCUGUUUUAAAACAGUGCUCUUAAUUUACACAGCAGACUCAAACCACUAAAUGCUUCAGCAGUGUUCGUGCAAGCUCCAUGUGAGGUAAAAAAUUAAAAUAGUUCAUUUCAUCUUCAGCACAUAUGCAGCAAAACCAGCAGACAUAGUGAGCAAUCUCUGUUACUGUAGUUUAUACCAUUAUACACAAAUAGAAAAUGAAAUAUUUAACAUUUGUAAUCAUUCAAUGAACAUAUAAUUUAAAAGAAGUUGUACAAAGACAAUUAUUAUUUUAACACAUAACUUAGCCUUUACUAAAUAUAAUUUUCUUUAAGAAAUUAAAAGGAAUCAGAUUGAGACCCACCAUGUAGAAAGAUAACUUGGGAAAUGCUUUUCUGUAGUGUGCAAGUAUUACAACACAUUUUUCACACUGUGAAUGAAGUGCAUAAUGCCCUGAAGACUUCCCCCCAAAACUAUUAUUUAAACUGUUAUUGAGUAAAAGCAGUGGGACUACUCACUCAGGUAAAGAUGAGAUUGGUGGACUAUUGUACUGGAUUCCUAGGCAGGUUACAGUAGCUCUGAAAGAACCUUAAGAGAAGACUGUGCAAAUAAAAAGGGUUAGCAGUGCUGAUCAGAUUUUGAAUCUUGUGAACAGUGGAACAUACUCUGCAGUUAUAGUAAAAAAAAAAAUCCUGAUGCCACUUCUAUAAAACGUCUGAGUAUUACUAUGGGAUACUGUAGCUGCAUGAAUGGUGAAAUAACAUUAUCAUCCAAUUACUGUUUUGUGACAUGAUAAAACAGUAUUUUCAGUUCACUUUAAAGUGAAUAGAAGUAUUACCAUGAAAGAAUUAAACUGAAUGAAAAAGAUAUAAGGUUAAAAUAACCUUUCAGCUGCACAGGUUGUCACAGUUAAGCACUGGUAAGACACAUUCAUGGCAAAACACAUAGAAUAUUUACCCUUUUGUUGCCUGGGGGAAAAAAAAAAGUUAAAUACAAUCACACAUGGUUAAGCUAUACAAUUACAAAGCACACAAUAAGAUUAACAGUGGCUAACUCUAUCACUUAGACCUUUGCAGCUUUCCCCUUUACAUCAUAAAAUACUUUCAGAAAAUCUGGAACUUAAUAUUAAGUGUUAUAAACUGGAUAUAAAGUUACCUUAUUUACACAUUUUAGUUAUGCUUCACAUAGAGACCUACCUAAUCAUAUGCAUAAGCAACACGGGGAAAUGAAGGCUUCUUUGGGGGUAUUUCAGAAAAUUUGAAAUCCCAAACAAGAUAAUUUAUGAAGUGUAUCUAUCCAGGAAUUUAAAGAGAUUAUGGCUAAUAUCCUGGUUUUCCAUAAAAUUGAAGAGUACUUAAUAUGCACUAGAAAUACCCAUUUAAUUAAUACUCGCAGAAUAUACAGAUGCUCCAUGAAGGAUGUAGAGAAGCCAUGGAGCCAUUUGUCAAAGAACAAAGAAACUAUUCUUUGCAUAUAAGAGUCACUCCAAAAUUAAUGAGGUUAACUACUAAAACACUUUGAGAUUAACUACUAAAACACUUUGAGAUUUUUAGUAGUUAUGAUUUAACAUUAAAAAAAAAAAAGUAAUUUUACAAGGUAAAUCAAAAUGGAUGAAAUUUCCUUCAGUUACUGUCUCUGAGUGACACUGUCCUCAAUUAGACGUGUUUGUUCUGGCUCUCAUACAGAUGAUACCAUGCACAUCAGCAAACUCCAAACACUUAUUCUCCACACAGUGUUCUUGCUAGAAAAGAAUCUACUUCUGACACCACACUGAUGACCCAGUAUUCUGGUGUGAAUUUUCUUGUCAUAACCACAGUCAGUCUUGUUGGUCUUUCAUUUUCACUUACUACAUUUCUUAAUUUUAUUCUGGGAAUUUAUCACUUUUACUCAGAACCUAAAUGCGAGGAUAUUAUACAAGUAAGCUACCAUCCUACGUGGGAAAUUACAUAAACUUGUUGUGUCUGCAUUUGAGAUAUUUUUUUUUCAAUUCUCAUACACCACUUACACUUCAGUGUUUCACACGCAUAUUAAAUAUACUGUAUGGUAUCAGCUCCGUUUUUUAUAGGCUGCUAUAAGCCUCCCAGACAAGUUGUUUCACCCUCAGCAGCACGUGUGAACACUAACCUGGAGCACACCACAAGAGGACAAAACUCCGCCGUAACACCCGCUGCUCCCAACACCUUGCGCUAACAACGGGGGGCAGACCACGGGCCCUGUGUCGCUUAUGGGCUUACAAACUGUUUGGAAAUUAGAUCAUUUCGGGUAGAGAAAGAUUUUCCGAGCGGUGCGAGCCCACAGCCUCCAGUAGCUACCGCCUCAAAAGGCGACACGGCGGUGCCGCCAUUUUCUUCCCUCCCCUUUCCUCCAGCACCGC